AUGAGCUGCGGCUGCGCGGCGCCGCUGGUGCGCUUGCGCAUCUCGUCGGCGAAGCCGAAGGACUCGGCGACGGGGAGCACGGACUGGAUCGUGAAGAAGGGGGACACGGCCCCGGCGGCGGGUGAGCACGUCAUAGACGCGGCCGAGGACCUCGGUGGAGGCCUGGAUCUCGACGCUGUACAUGGCCAGCAUCAGGCGCGGGGACCAGUCGAGCAUACCGGCGCGCAGGGAGGAGGUGAAGGUCUUGAUGACCUCGCCCGUGAGGCGGGGGAGGCGGUCGCGCGCCGUCGGGGCCGUGGGCUCGUCCUCGGUGGUGUUAAUGACGACGUCCUCGAUGAAAACGGCGAUGCCCUGCACGGGCUCGUGGCAGAGGGGGCCCUGGGCCGUGGCGAGCUGGAAGGCGUAGGGGAUCUUGUCGGCGACGUGGACGGGGCGGAGGACCUCGUCGGCUUGAGGCGCGGCGGAGCCUUCGCGCUCGGCGGCCGGGGAGAAGAGCUUCGUGAGGAGGCCCUCCUUGGUCGAGUCGAUGAGGAGGUUGGGCCCCGUGCGGCGGGGGCCGAAGGCGGCGAUGCGGUCGACGGCGGACUUGAAGUACUCGCGGCCGCCGCGGGUGGCCUCGAGGGCGGACUGGAGGUCGCGCUUGAAGUCGUCGAGGGACAUGAUCUUGGCGGCCGCGGCGGUACGGUCCGAGUACAUGCGCUUGAUGACGUCGCCGUUCUUGAGGAGGAAGUCGGUGACGUCGGCGGGCAAUGGGCGGACCUGGAGGCGGAUGGAGACCUGCUUGGAGGACGUGGUGCCGACGACGACACCGCGGCCGAGUUCCUUGUUGGCCGGAGGCCGCAUCUCCUCGGCGCGGACGAUGGUCUCGCGGUAGGGGACGAUGGGGGCGCCGGCCUGGAUGUCGCAGCGGGCGAAGCGCUCCUUGAUGUCUGUCAGGCAACGCUCGAGGUGCAGCUCGCCGGCGGUCAAGAGGACGUGCUCGCCGCUGCCGAACUGCUCGUACUCGGCGCAGGGGUCCGACUGGACGAGCAGCUGCAGGCCGUGGAUCAUCUUGUCGAGAUCGGCCGGGUUGACGGGCUCGAGGGCGACACGGACGAUGGGCUUGCCGAGGUUGGCGACGCCCGCGAGGUUGACGGCGCCCUCGAGCCGGCUGCACAGGGUGCCGUUCUUGAGGAGGUGGCCCUCGAGGCCGCCGAUGCCGAAGACGACGCCCGCGGGAACCGACUCAAGGGCCUCGAGGUUGCGGCCCAUGAGCAUGUAGAGUGCGGUGACGGUGAUUUGCUUCGGCUGCGGGCUGGCGUUGGGGUUCGCGGGGGACCACUUGGGCGGGAUGACCCAGAGGGAGUCGCCGACAGAGAGGGUGCCGGAGUACAUGCGCGCGAAGCCGAUGAGGUGCUCGGGGUCGAUCUCCUUUUCUUCGUGUUCGGGGGCGUAGUCAUCCAGGUUGACCUCCUCGAGGGCCGUUGUAAGGUCGUUGACGCCGUUGGCGCCGGACGGCGCCGCGGCCUGGGCGCGAGCAGCCUCCGCCCGCUUCUUCCGUGCAAGCUCUCUCGCCUCGUCGGCCGUCAGCUGGCCGGGCUUGCCUCGCUCUCGGGGACGGAGACCAUCUUGCUGACGUAUGCGACGACGGGGUCCGACAGAGACGUCUUGAAAGACACCAUGGCGUCCUUGAUCUUCUCGUCGACAGAGUCUGCGCCGGGGACGUGCUCGAGCAUCUCCGGCAGUCUCUCGGCUUGCGCUGCCGGCGGUGACGGGAGGGACUCGAUGACGGAGACCAGCAUUGCCGUCGACAGCGGGAGCCAAGACGAGAAGACGGUCGUCAGGAGCAGUCGGGGAUCCCUGGAGCGCAUGAUGUGA